UCGUUAACUUUGGUAUUGUGGCCUGGGCAACUCAACGAGAACACAGUUCUGCCUCAAAUGCGUUAGGCAGAAAUUCGGAUUGGCUGAUGGACCAGCCCAUGCUUUUGGCGGAAAUCAGUUCAAGUGCAGCUAGCUGUGCUGCUCUUUCCUUGUGGCCCGGUGGUGAUCCAUUCUACUAUUUUUCCAUGAGUCAUAAGCCGCUAGCUUUUUGCUCAGGAUAGGAGUCUCCUUCCUUAGCGUUGGAACAGUUAAUUGUACAGGCUAUCCCGCAGUGGAAGCAUGUCUGCUGCCCUCAAGGUGGCCCUCCACUUCGGGGGACUACUUCUGGUUAUCCUGGAUUUCUUGCUUUGGGUGAUCACAUUGGGCCCCAUUUGGAUGCUGCUCAAGAGCAUGAGUACAGUGGCGGAGUUCGCAAGGCCCGCGAAGAAAGCCAAGAUCAAUGGCUCGCUUCCAGCUUCAGAUGUGUGGCAGGCGAUAGAGGCUCUCGAUAACGGGAAGCUCACAUCAAGCCCGUUCCCAGACGAGGGUGUACAGACCGUCACUGAGAUCCUGGAGCGAUCUAUGAAAAGAUAUGCCAAGAAGCAGGCACAAGGCACUCGCCCGCUGCUGUCUUGGAAGAAGGACGAAGGCUACAGAUUCCCUGCCAAGGUCUUUGGCCCCACGCAGUGGCGGAGCUACGAAGAGUUUGGCCGCCUCUGUAAGGAGUUCGGAGCUGGACUCAGAGCAAUGGGCUUCCAGCCGCAGCCGGAGGGAGAUUUCGAUAGCCUCUCGGGGAAGUUCAAGAUCCUGAUGUACGAGGAGACCUGUGCAGACUGGCAGGUUUGCGCGUAUGGCGCAAUGACGCAGAACUUAGUGGUAGCAACUGCGUACGCCACGCUUGGUACAGACGCUGUGGUGCACGCUGUUAAUGAAGGAGCUGUCUCGGCGCUGAUUUGCAACAGGAAAGCGGCUGAAGGCCUGAUGAAAAUUGCUUCGCAGAUGCCUUCCCUGGAGGCCAUUAUCUACUUGGAUUAUCUCUGCACGCCCGAAGAGUGCCAAACCAAGCUGCCUGGCGGUGGAAAGGUGAAGCUGCUGUCCUUGCAGGAUGUUCUUGACUUGGGCAAGGCCAAGCCAGUGCCGCCCAGCCCUCCGAAGCCCGACUCCGUGGCGGUGCUCAUGUACACCAGCGGAUCCACAGGUCCGCCAAAGGGCGUAGUCCUGCGGCACAAGCAGCUGGUGGCCUUCGUGGGAGCGUGUUUCAUUCAGUUUGGGGGCCUGAUCAAGGACGAAGGUGGAGAGACCUUCCUUGGGUAUCUUCCACUGGCCCACAUUCUGGCGGUUGUGGCAGAGCUGUUCUUCUACAGUACCGGAAAUCGCAUUGGAUACGCAGAUCCCAAGAGUCUCCUGCCAGGCCCUGAGAAGUGCUACCCUUCGGGUGGCCUGGAGGAGUUCCAGCCCACGCUCAUGGCUGGAGUGCCUAAGGUGUGGGAGACAAUCAAGAAGGGUGCGGAGCUGAAAGUUGAGAAGAGCGGAGCAGUGGUGUCCUUCCUCUUCAAACUGGCCAUGCGAGUCAAGAAAGCAGCUGUGCGGCAGAACCGCUACACGCCUCUGUUCGACUUGCUCGUCUUCAAGAAGUUCAAAUCCAUGCUUGGUGGCUGCAUGAAAUUUACACUGUCUGGUGGCGGCGCCAUCUCUCCAGAGGUGCAGGAAUGGGUCCGAGCUGCCUUCGGAUGCCCACUUGUGCAGGGUUACGGCCUUACAGAGACGUGCGGUGGUGCAGUGCUCCAGAAGCCGUUGGAUGACUCAUCCGUUGGAUUUGUGGGCUCUCCCAUGGCCUCCAUUGAGCUCACGCUGCACUCGGAGCCCGAGCUGACCGACAUGGAUGGCAAGCCAUACUUGGCUACUGACCAGGUCCACGUAGAUGGCUCCAGCUGCUGUGGUCGAGGAGAGAUUUGGAUGAAAGGUCUCUCGAUUGCGUCUGGCUAUUACAAACUGCCUGACAAGACAGCAGAGGACUUUGACAAAGAUGGGUGGUUCCACUCUGGCGACAUUGGUUUGAUAACACCAGAAGGCCGCGUCAAGAUCAUUGACCGCAAGAAGAAUCUGGUCAAGCUGAAGGGCGGUGAGUACGUGGCCCUGGAGCUGAUCAAUGUGACGUACAACAACAGUUCCAUCAUCAAUGCGGAUGCUGGAGGUGUUUGCUCUUUUGCCAGCUCCGAGAUUGACAGACCGGUCAUACUCGCCCAAUGCAAGAAGAAGGAGCUGCUGGAACUGGCUGCUGAGAAAGGGGUGACAGGCAAAGACGGCGAAGAGCUGUGCAGAGAUCCCAAGGUUAUGGCGGCAGUGAAGGCAGUUUUGGAUCCCAUAGCGAAGGAGCACAAGCUUCCAGCGCUGAUGCAAGCCAUAGCCGUGAUGCCGGUCUUGGAACCAUGGACGGCUGAGAACGGGUGCUUGACCGCAACCUCCAAGUUGGUUCCGAAGCAGAUUUACAAAGCUCAUGCAAAGGACCUCGAUAUACUGAUGCCGAUGGCAAUGAAAUGAGCGCCAUGAAGUGAGCAUACAACUUGGUUUGAUGCGAAAGCACAUUCGAAAGACGAAA